AUGGCUGGAUGUCUGGAUAAUUUUCAUUUUGAUUUAAAUUUGGAUUUUGGAGAGAAAAGAAACACUGUUGCUAGUAUAACUUCAGGACUUCUCUUCUUUACUGGAUGGUGGAUUUAUAUUGAUACAGCAGCUUUCUAUUCAAAAGAAGGUGCAUGGAGUCACUCAUACAUUAUUAUAUCUAUUGUAGCAUCUGUUGCAAUGUUUAUGAUUAAUGCAAUUUCAAAUCGUUAUGUAAGUGGUGAAGCAUAUGAAGAAGGAAUUCUUGGAACAAAAGGUGCCCGUUUCUGGAUAUUUGUUGCUUUUGUUCUUUCUUUCUCAUCUAUUAUUGCUUCAAUUUUGAUUAUGUUUAGUGAUUAUGUACUUGUUCAAGGAGAUCAUUCUGUCUAUCCAGGAGUUGCAUUAUUUUUAAAUGUUUUCUUAAUUUUCCUUGCAUCUUUUGUAUAUAAAUUUGGAAGAACUGAACCAUACUAA